UUUGGUCUUUUUUCAAAGAAUCAGAGGGUGAGCUCAUUUCUCCUGUACAGGCUCAAAAACACCCUCACUGAGGACCAUACCAGAGGAUUGCUAUUUGAGUGCACAAAUGGCCGGCGGUGGCAGGAUAAUCGAGACUGGAAACGGCCUCUUGUCUGGUUUGAGUGAUUUAUAUGACAACAACUCUUAUGGUGAUGAGGAUGGAUGUUGUGAUGGGGGGGACGUGUGUGACCUGAACGAGGGCAGGCAAUUUGAGGCGGUGUUCAUCCCUGUUCUGUACUCAGUGGCCUUCGUUGUGGGUGUCCUUGGAAACGGGGUGCUGCUGGGAGUUCUGGCUCGGAGCCGAAAGGUAUGGAGUGUGACAGACAACUUCAUCCUCCACCUGGGUGUGGCAGAUGUCCUGCUGCUGCUGACGCUUCCCUUUUGGGCUGCACAGGCGUAUCAAGAGCAGGGAUGGACCUUUGGUACCCCCCUAUGCAAGAUCACCGGAGCUGUCUUUACGAUCAAUUUCUACUGUGGGAUCUUUCUCCUGGCCUGCAUCAGUCUGGACCGGUACCUCUCCAUCGUCCACGCUACCCAGAUGUACUCCCGGAGGAAUCCUUGGGUCGUUCACAUCAGCUGUUUGGCAGUGUGGCUCUUCUCCCUGCUCCUCUCUAUCCCCGACUGGAUCUUUUUGGAGGCUGCGGUCAAUGACAGACGAGAAAAAACAGAGUGUGUUCGCGAGUACUUCAAACUUGGGGUGAAAGUAGGUGACUGGCGGCUGGCAUCGCGGCUGCUCUACCACACGGUUGGCUUCCUGCUUCCUUCAGCUAUUCUGAUCUUCUGCUACACCUGCAUCCUGCGGCAGCUUAAGUGCGGCGCCAAAGGCUCCCUCCAAAAGCAGAAAGCUUUCAGAGUCAUCGUGUCUGUAGUGGUGGUUUUCUUUAUCUGCUGGACGCCAUACAACAUCACACUGUUCGUGGACACACUUCAUUCUGACCCCACCUGUGGAGUCAGUAUGUCCCUGCAGAAAGCUAAGACAGUCACCUCCACUUUGGGUUACCUCCACUGCAGCCUCAAUCCCAUCCUGUAUGCCUUUGUGGGUGUGAAGUUCCGGCGUCAGCUCAUGGACAUCCUGAGGUCUCUAGGCUGCAAGUUGAAGAGAAAUGCCACAUUCCAAUCUGUUGGCAGCAGCAGGAGAAGUUCCGUUUGGUCAGACUCUCCUGACACUUCAAACUCCAUUGCUGUCUGAGGAAGAAGAGAGAGAGACAUCUGAUCAUAGACUCUGAGAAUUGGAUGUAGCCUCCUAUUUUAACAAGUGAUUCUAAUUCAUUCGAAUGAGUUUACAUUCUUAAUCGCUUCUUUCAGGUAUUCUUCAAGACAACAUCAUGAUCAUUUGGCUCCACUGACAUUAAAUCAUGGUACGUUAUAUGUUCAGGCUACGAUUAAAACGUUGCUACUUGAGGAGUGCUAUUUUCAGUGUUUGGAUGUGCUUAGAGAAGCUCCAAGAACUCUGUUUUCAUUGUUUAUCAGUUAUUGCAUUAUGUUUCAAGUCUGUUCUACCACGGCUAAAUGUUUCUGUAUAAUUCCUGUGUAAAGCUGUGGCAGGCCAUGCUUCCCUUCCCCUUCUUGUAGUCCACGAUUCAUUGGCAGCUGAUCAUGAGAAUAAGCACUCAUUGUACAAAAGUUAUUCUGAGGUGUUAUUCUGUAUUUGUCUGAUGUAUUGUUAUUGUAAGGCAGAAAUGUCACGUUUCCUGUUUGUCACUGCAUUAUGGUAGCUGAAAUGUAACAUUGCAACUGCAGCUUUUUACCAAUUUUCUGAUAAAUGUUAAGAGACUUAAUUUUUUACCACUUUUUUUUACUGUACUGUUCAUUUAUUUUUUGGUGUACAAAUAAGUGGUGUUUUAAUAAAAUUUUAUACCCUC